ACUCCCUCCGAAUUAGAGCAAAUGCAGAUGUUCAUGUUGUUAGAGACAUUUAUUAUUAUUUCCUCAUGAAAGAACGUAUUCUUCCAUUGAUAAAAGCCUUACACCGGCUUUCAAAGGUGUAUGCGUGUCUUUUCUAGUAUACAUGAAAGUGAAAGCAAGUUUAUGUAAAGCUCCUCCGAGAAGAAAGGCACAUUCCCUGAAAAGGUUUCAGGAUUGUUUAAUAGCAGUUUGGAGUAAGUGUAACAAUGGCAAAAUCUCCCACUUUUGCAAAAGACAUCUUUAAAAGGUUGACCUCGUUCAAAAGAAGCAAAAAGAAAUCCACCAGUAACAACUUUGAAAUCAACAACACAGAUAUCCCUCAAAAGCCAUGCACAAUUUUGAAGAUCAGAGAGUAUAUAGAAACAGAUAUGCUGAAGAAGGCCUAUCUGAACCUGCUCUCCAUGCGCCUGGAGCUUCAGAAAGAAUGGAAAGCUGUGGGGGAAAGAGCUCCUCCCACGGAUAAUAAACAGACGGAUGUCAAUAUGCUAUUUGGGACUCUAAGAAACAAAAUGUCUGUCAUUGUACGCAACUCCAGCGCUCUGCCCUCGUGCAAUAAAGAGCUGUUGGUGUAUGUAGCAUACAUUAUCCUGGAGGAAGAGAAGAGACAGGGAGAACCAGGAGUGAUGCAGGGAUGGAGGGAAGCAUGGAGGGAUGCGAUACGAGACGGGGUUCAAGAUACUCUAAAGAAAGUUCACCUGGACAGCCGUGAGGAGAAUGCUUCCUGGUUGGCAGUGCAUCUGGAGCUUCUGGGUAAAGCUGUGGUGGAGGAUUUGGAGAGAGUGAAGAAUGAACUUCUGAGCUCAUAUCCAGAAGACUUUAAAGUGUUUGAAACCUAUGUGUCCUGCCAUCAUGAGGCUGUAGGAGAGCAUUUAAAGACACUUCUGGAAAAGGCGACAGAGCUGAAAGAUUACUACGCUCUUCUAGAUUUCAUUGUUCAUCGCUACCCCAGUGAUCUGAGAGACAAGCAGAGAACUCUUAUAAUGGAAGAAGACUUGCUAAAUAAAAUAAAGACCUUAUACCGUGAUCGCCAAGAGGACGACUUUAAAUCUGCACUGGAGAAUAUCAUCAUACUUGAAAAAGAAGUGUGGACAAAGAAGAAAUCUCCUUAUAGAACAGAUGAUGGAUUCCUCACUUCAGAAACCUACAUGGACAUCUGUCAGCGGAUAGCAAGUUAUGCUGGGAAUCUUGAGAAGAUCGAUGAGAAUCUGGGGAAGUCAGUGGUAUGCUUUUGUUUAGAGGAGCUAAAUCCAUUUCAUACAAGAUUUGAAGAAGAGUUUUUACAACACACCAAAUCUCUGUUGACCUCUGACCUGCUGGACAGCUGUCUAUGGGUACAAUAUCACAUCAGCUACAUCAACAGUUUUAAUUCACUCAAAGAGAAUGUGCAGUGCUAUAAGAAGAACUGUUCAGCUCAGGUGGAGCAGCUGGAGAAACAGGUGGAUGGACUGAUUCAAAGACUUAGCCAGACCCUAAUAAAACAUUUCAAAACUGAUGUCAAGCCUUACAUUGAUGGUAUGAUGACAAAAAAAUGGCUGAAAACAGAUGAAGAUUUUAAAGAAGUGGCUUCUAUAAUAGAGAAUUAUCGUGGGCUCUGUAAAUCCAUGAGAGCUCCAUCAGCUCAAGUUUUCGUGAAUGAUGUGCACUAUUAUGUAGCCAGAGAAUAUGUCUCCCAGCUAAUGAAGAAAAAAUAUUCAUGCAAAAAAAGCAAGAACGAAGAUGCUGCUGCAAAAAUGAGAGAACAAUGGAAUGAACUCAAGAAACUAUUUGAGGACAUGGGAUCAUCCUUAAACUGGCUUUAUCCUUUGGGAGAUUACCUUAGUGACAUUAUUGGAAUGGAAAAUGAGAAAAAGAUAAAAGAUCUGUUAAUUCCAUUAGUUAGUAAUUACCCAGACAUCAGCAAGAAGCAGUUGUCAGCUGUUCUGUACUUCCGAGACAACGGUUUUAGCUUGGAGAAGCACAAUGUUAUCAAUCAGUUUAAUGUGCUUAAGCGGGAUGCUGGGAACACAAAUUAUGAUCACUCCUUCUUCACUGACAUUGAGUGAUAUUUCUUUUGGCCACUCUGCAGCUUCAUGAACCAUCAGGUUAGGCAAAAUAUUGGGAAAAAUAAUAUAAUAAUAUAAAAAUAACAAUCUUGAUAAUGUUAUUCAGAAAAAACUUCUCUUACUCUCUGGCUACCUAUACUAAUUCUCACACUCCCCCCAUGUCAAAAAAUGGAAUUACAACAGACAUUGUGCUUUUUUGUUUAAUGUUUAAAAACUCGAACAUAAUUUGAAAUUACUGGAAUUAAUUUUAGAAUUUUUAGCUUCAGAGAGAAGCUUCUGAAUGGUUUUACUAGUGUUCAUAAUGUAAAGAAUGUGUUAAUGUAUAUGAUAAAUAUAAUCAAUCAGGAAACUAUGAGGUAAAUAAACCCUGUGUACAAGUUUACGUUCUUGAGUUGUACUUGCAGGAAAAGUGCAAUAAUUCUAAUGAAAUGUAAAAGGAAAUUUCUAAAAUUAGAUCAACCGUGAUCAUUAGGCUAAUCAUGAUUACGGUUUUGUGCAAAAUGAUUGUGAUUAUCAGUUUAUCGUGCAGCCCUAAUAUGGCCUGCUGUGUUUUUGGUUGUUUGUUCUUAUACCUACCAAUAGAGGGAGACAUUAAACUAUAGACAGAAUUGUCUAAUGCAAAAACAGACUUGAUGGACUCCGUCUGUUCAUCUACUGUGAUAUCAAUCAUGAAAAUGUGAUGUGUAAAACACAAUGUUGGACAAAACAGAGUGUGUGUUGCUUUUGAAACAAAUUCUAUUGGUUGGUCAUAUUUUGUUAUUCUCUGUUCUCUUAUUUGAUGCAAAUUUUAAAUCUAUUUUUAUCCUAAGCCUAAUAUAUUUUAUGUUCAGUGAGCAAAACAUGAAGAUAAAAAUCAUUUUCCCCUGUAACUACAGUGUGUUAUUGAAAGGAUUUUUUCUGUACUUUUCUAAUCUUUUGGGAACAUUUAUAGAGAUGAUGAUGCAAGAUGCUACUUUUGUUUAUACAUUUGUUUGUUUUUGUCAAUUUCUUAACCAUAUGAGGGGAUGGACCUAAAUAUGUAUAAAUGACGAUUAAACAUAUAUUUAUACCUUUCCAUA